GGGCUUUGUUCCACCUGGCACCUGGUACCUGGUCAGGUCAGCCUGAGGAUCCUUUCUCUCUGAACGCAGGAAGGACCUGUGUGCGGCCAUGAACAGGCCCUGUGAGACCCUGGGCCUGUCCCACGUGGCGGGCAUGUGCCAGCCGCACCGCAGCUGCAACAUCAACGAGGACACGGGCCUGCCGCUGGCCUUCACGGUGGCCCACGAGCUCGGACACAGUUUUGGGAUUCAGCACGACGGAAGUGGCAAUGACUGCGAGCCCGUGGGGAAACGGCCUUCCAUCAUGUCUCCACAGCUCCUGUACGACACCGCCCCCCUCACCUGGUCCCGCUGCAGCCGCGAGUACAUCACCAGGUUCCUGGAGUGAGUCCGCCGGGCCCGUGGGGGGCCGCCCGGUGUCAGAGAGGCACGGGCCGGUCUGCCCGGGCUGGGCCAAGAGGUCCCCGAGGCCAUCUCCGUGUCCUGCAACCCCACAGGAGGGAGAGGGGUCGUGGGGACCUAGGGAUGGGGCUGGGGUCGAGCCCUGGGUUUGGGACGGGACGGAGACCCGACGGGGCACGGCCCCGGCCGCUUGGCCACAGGGUCCUGGGGAAAGUGCUGCCGGAGGCACCGAGGCUAAAGCCUGUCCCCUCUUUCUGAUCCUCUCAACUGGUGACCGUGUUUUUGAUUUGCUAUUUCACGUUGUUCUCGGCUAAGGAAAAUUUAAAGACGUAAGUUAUUAGCACAGAAUUUUUCACAGUGCCAGUUGUAAGUAUAAGUAGGAGAAUGGACCUCGGGUGCAAGGCCCCAAACGACACGACCCAUACCCGUAGCUCCCUUGACCAGAACAGCAGAAGUGUGUAAGAAAGGAACUGGGUGGGUUUUAUUCCACUUUUGUUUUUUAAAUGUUUUUAUUUAUUUUUGAGACAGAGAGAGACAGAGCAUGAGCAGGGGAGGGUCAGAGA